CGCGUUUUAAAUGCGUAGGGAAAAGCAACGUUUGCGAUACUUCACGUGCUCUAUUAUAACGCGCAUUUCAUUGGCUGCCUGGUGUCAGCAAAACUCAUCUCUCGCGACAAAACAGCGGAACUUCCUUCAGGCUUCAGAAUGAGUGUCAGCGUGCGUGGGAUCAGCGUCUCCAACAGGCCCGGGCACUCUUUCUUCCUGAAGGUAGCCUGGAGAGAGCAGCUGGGGAGAGGCUUCACUGUCAUCCUUUCCGACGGUGUCUCUGCCUGGGAUGGCAAAGUAUCUGCGAGUGAUGUCAUCCGGGAGUCAGAGGAGAUGGAGAUACAGAUGGAGAAGUACGUGCAGGACCUUCAGCUUGCACUGACUGAAGAAGGACAGCAGGCCAAGGGCUACACCUUCCACCUGUCCCCUGACUCCGCCCAGUCCGGUGUCCUUCACCUGUCCUACGAGAAGGCGCAGAAGGACAUCUCGUUCAGGCUGGGCUCAGUGGAGCUGCAGCCUGUGGCAGAGCCCUGUGAGGUGAUUAAAGCGCUCAUUAGCCACGGGCUGGAGCGCAGCGGUCAGCUGCAGGCCAGCAGCCUCCACCUGCGGGAGCAGAACCAGCGUCUGAGAGAGGAGCAGGACCACAUGACGGCAGAGAUGGACAGGUACGUCCACGGGAAGGAUAGGCUGGAGAAAGAGCUGUACUCACGCUUCGCCCUGGUCCUGAAUGAAAAGAAGGCCAAGAUCCGGAGCCUGACGGAGAAGAUACAGGAGCUGGAGGAGGACCUGGGGAAAAAAGAGCAGAGGCAGGGGUCUUUGGGGAAGAGGGGGGCCUUGAGAGAAGAGGAAGACGAGGGGGAGACCGGUGCCCCAAUGGACGACGACUACGGGGGAAGCACGGACGAGGAGCAGUCGCAGAGCCCCCCCCGCACUCAGGCCCGAACAGCGCCCCUCAGAGGUCCGGAACUACCUAGCCACAGCCCCAUCGAGGAGAGCUUGACCGACAUCGACGUUGCCCCCUCCCGCAAACGUCGCCAACGCCAUCUUCAAGGCCCGGGGUCAGAGGUCAAGAAAGGGGUUCAAGAGGUCCAGAAGAAAGAAAGCACGGAACCCGCGCGAUCCAAAGCAGAGGCCAAUCGGAAGGCGUCUCGACGGUCAGCUGCCAUCGCCACAACUAGUAAGCCUACAGAGACAGAUGAUCUGUUUGAUGACUUCUAAUCGUGACAAGACCAUCGCUGGGGUAACCAGAUACUACACUACAAUUAUGUAUUUUUUACAAAUAUUAAAUGUGGGAAACAACAAUAAAAAGUGGGGGUUUUUUUGGCGUAAUGAAACCAUUUGGUGUUUUUUUUUUUUUUCUUUUUUUUAAAAAACUGGUACAGGUUACAGUAAUUCAACUCAGUUGUAGACAUUGGAUCUGUAUUCAGCUGCAAUAUAAACUACAGUUAGCUGCUAUAAUCAUGAUUAAGGAGAAGUUCUGUAAUGACAAAGUAUGUGGGGAUAACACAGCAGCGCCAACUAUGUGGGAAUAUGGUUAUGCUAUUAGGUUCUUGUGGGGGCUUGUUCAAAAGAAUUCAUCACAGAGACCUCUAUUUGGAUAUUAAACACAGGUUAGAAGUGAACAGAAAAUGUAAUGGCAAGAUGACCUUUUGUCUGCAUAACUUACAGCAGCGUGUAAAUAUAUUACUCUCAUUUAUACAAAUUUAUCCAUAACUUUUUAUGAUUGUCAGGUAGUUAGUCUUGCCAAAGUGUAUGAGUACACUAGCAUAUAGCCAUCAGUAAGCCUACCGAGCACAAAGUUUCAAAAAGACUUCUAAUCCUGAAACACGUGUCAUGUAUUCAUUGAGGCCUUUGGGUAUUAAGACAUGCAUAAAUACUCUUUUUAUGCAUGUCUUUUUAAAAAGUCUUUUUAUUUAAAAAAAUGUAAUAAUCAUUAAAUGAUGCAUUCAAAUUAAAGUAGUUUUUGUGCCACAUUUCUGCAAGGAGCAAAUCUUCAGGGAGUGAGGAUCUAAAUGUUUGGAGAAGAUCUAUAAUGUGUCAGUCCAAGUCAGGUCAAUACCAAACAGGAGUAUAUUUUUGAAUCAUAGGGUUUGUGCUGUAAGGAGUCACGGAACAGAGAAAAUAAAUCAGUUUUUCUUGAAGGGUC